AUGAGGUCACGUCAACACUGUUUUAUUUACCCGCACACGGUCAACAAAAGUCUGCCGUGUCCGUGUAAAAUAAACCAAUCUGACAACAAUGUUCACAACAAAGGUCUGCCGUGUCCGUGUAAAAUAAACCAAUCUGACAACAAUGUUCACAACAAAGGUCUGCCGUGUCCGUGUAAAAUAAACCAAUCUGACAACAAUGUUGGCGACAAAGGUCUGCCGUGUCCGUGUAAAAUAAACCAAUCUGACAACAAUGUUCACAACAAAAGUCUGCCGUGUCCGUGUAAAAUAAACCAAUCUGACAACAAUGUUCACAACAAAGGUCUGCCGUGUCCGUGUAAAAUAAACCAAUCUGACAACAAUGUUCACAACAAAGGUCUGCCGUGUCCGUGUAAAAUAAACCAAUGUGACAACAAUGUUCACAACAAAGGUCUGCCGUGUCCGUGUAAAAUAAACCAAUGUGACAACAAUGUUCACAACAAAAGUCUGCCGUGUCCGUGUAAAAUAAACCAAUCUGACAACAAUGUUCACAACAAAGGUCUGCCGUGUCCGUGUAAAAUAAACCAAUCUGACAACAAUGUUCACAACAAAGGUCUGCCGUGUCCGUGUAAAAUAAACCAAUCUGACAACAAUGUUCACAACAAAGGUCUGCCGUGUCCGUGUAAAAUAAACCAAUCUGACAACAAUGUUGGCGACAAAGGUCUGCCGUGUCCGUGUAAAAUAAACCAAUCUGACAACAAUGUUCACAACAAAAGUCUGCCGUGUCCGUGUAAAAUAAACCAAUCUGACAACAAUGUUCACAACAAAGGUCUGCCGUGUCCGUGUAAAAUAAACCAAUCUGACAACAAUGUUCACAACAAAGGUCUGCCGUGUCCGUGUAAAAUAAACCAAUGUGACAACAAUGUUCACAACAAAGGUCUGCCGUGUCCGUGUAAAAUAAACCAAUGUGACAACAAUGUUCACAACAAAGGUCUGCCGUGUCCGUGUAAAAUAAACCAAUCUGACAACAAUGUUCACAACAAAGGUCUGCCGUGUCCGUGUAAAAUAAACCAAUCUGACAACAAUGUUCACAACAAAAGUCUGCCGUGUCCGUGUAAAAUAAACCAAUCUGACAACAAUGUUCACAACAAAAGUCUGCCGUGUCCGUGUAAAAUAAACCAAUCUGACAACAAUGUUCACAACAAAGGUCUGCCGUGUCCGUGUAAAAUAAACCAAUCUGACAACAAUGUUCACAACAAAGGUCUGCCGUGUCCGUGUAAAAUAAACCAAUCUGACAACAAUGUUGGCGACAAUUGUUGGCCGUGCGCGCUGGGCAUUAGCUAUUGA